CGCGCCUCUCCCGCCGCCCCGGCCCGCCCCUCACGGCAGCUGCGGGGCUUCCGCGGGGCCGCGGCAGGGGCUGCGCGCCCCGCCCGCCGCGGGAACCGGCCCGGCAGAACUAUGCCAAGAAAAAGAAAGCUGUUGGCUCAAUUAAGUGCUCUUCAAAACAGCCCCAGCAUCCCUCAGAUCGAUGCCGUGAAGCAGCUGAACACUACACCUGGAGCAGAUCCUUCUCCAAAAAGCAGCAAAUAUUUUGUGACAGAGAAAAAAAACUCUCCUCAGCUACAAGAAGAUUUUUUCAACCAGCCCUGAGUUAGUCUGGCCAAGUCCUUUCUGGGACAGAUUUUAGUUCGCAAACUUCCUGACGGCAGAGAGCUCUGGGGCAGGAUUGUUGAAACAGAAGCUAAUCUGGGUGGGGAAGAUGAAGCUUCCCACUCCAGAGGUGGGAAGCAAACACAACGAAACGCAGCCAUGUUCAUGAAACCAGGAACUCUGUACGUGUAUCAGAUCUACGGCAUUUAUUUCUGCAUGAAUGUUUCCAGCCAAGGGGAAGGGGCUGCAGUGCUGCUGCGUUCCCUGGAACCUCUGCAGGGCUUGGAUGCCAUGAGGGAGCUGCGCAGGGCCUCCAGGAAAGCGCCCAGCAGGCUGCUCAAGGACUGGCAGCUCUGCAAUGGCCCCUCCAAGCUGUGCCAGGCGUUUGGCAUCGACAAGGCCUUUGACCAAAGGGACCUGAGUCAGGACGCUGCCAUCUGGAUGGUGCCCGGGCAGGAGCCGCCGGGGGAGCAGGACGUGGUGACCACCACCAGGAUUGGCAUUGGCAACAGCGGGGAGUGGGCACAGAAACCGCUCCGGUUCUAUUUACGAGGAAACAGAUUUGUGAGUGUUGUAGACAAGAAAGUGGAGAGAGAGAUGGCAGCAAGGGGACACUCCCCUGGCAGCUGACAACUCUGACAAGUGUCCCAGGAACCAGGACUUGAGCUGUGCUCUGUACAAUGGCCCCGAGCUGCAUCGUGGCAGAGAGGGGCUUGGGGGGUUUUAACAAUAAAUGUACUUUGUCAAAAUUAAUGGGGCAAGGUAAAGCUUUAUUUGCAGGAAACUGGCAUGGACUUCCCAGCCAGAACCAGAGGCUGGUUUUGGACACAUUGGACACUGAAGGCCACUUUCUCCCUUGCCAAUGGAUCCAGGCUUAAUUAGGUUGGGUGAGAGGAGAAGGGUCACAGCUCUGGGCUGCUCCCAUCACUUCAGCCCCCAGCAGAGGCCAGGGCUUGGUUCUGCAGGGAAAUUGUGAAAAAAUUGUGUGGCAGCAGAGCAGACUGAAAGGAUGGGAGCUGGGAGAGAAGGAAGUGGAGGGAGGAUCUUACUGUUGUCUGCCACUACCUCAGGGGAGGGGAUGGAGAAGACAGAGCCAGGCUGCUGGCAGACAGGAUGAGAGGCAAUGGGCCACCAGCUGGAAAACAGGAAGUUCUCAUUAGCUCUGUGGAAAAAAAUUUCCCCGUCAGGGUGUCAAACACUAGGACAGGGCCCCAGAGAAGCUGGGCCAUUCACCCCUCCACAGGACAGGGUUCUGAGUGACCUGAGCUAACACCUUUCCUUUGAGCAGAGACCCCUUUCCAACCUCUGCCUAUCUGUAUCGUCCAGCUUGGAGGACAGGAAUGGGGUUUGUUCAUUUUCCCAGCUACUUCUGAAACCAGUUCAGAACUUAGCACACAGAGAAAGCACUGGCGCAGCAGCCUGGCUUGAGGUACAGAGAGGAAAAACCUCCAGGAUUCAGGGCAGGACCUGCAGGACUGCAGCCACACUGGGUGGGUGACAGGGACACCCCCCUACCUCCAUCCCCACCUUAGGGUUCACACACAAUAAAAAAGCUCAAGUCUUUAAACACACUUGUCCCCAUUCCAUGCAAGAAG